AAAACGAUGACAUCCAAACAGAAAAUCAAGAUGGUGAAGGAUCCAAAGAAGCCGAGGGGCAAAAUGUCCUCGUACGCCUACUUUGUGCAGACAUGUCGCGAAGAGCACAAGAAGAAACAUCCGGAAGCCUCUGUCAACUUCUCAGAGUUCUCCAAGAGAUGCUCUGAGCGGUGGAAGACUAUGUCACAAAAGGAGAAAUGCAAGUUUGAAGACAUGGCCAAACUGGAUAAGGUGCGUUACGAGAGGGAAAUGAAGACCUAUAUUCCCCCCAAGGGCCAGAAGAAGAAGCGCUUCAAGGACCCCAACGCCCCCAAGAGACCACCGUCGGCCUUCUUCCUCUUCUGCGCAGACUUUCGCCCCAAGGUCAAAAGCGAGCAUCCUGGACUCUCCAUCGGGGACACGGCAAAGAAGUUGGGAGAGAUGUGGAACGGCACAGCCGCAGAGGACAAGCAGCCGUAUGAGCGGAAAGCUGCCAAGCUGAAGGAGAAAUACGACAAGGAUAUUGUUGCAUACCGCACAAAGGGCAAAGUGGAUUCAGCGUCAGCUAAAGCAGAGGAGGACGAUGAGGAGGAGGAAGACGAGGAGGGAGAGGAGGACGACGACGAUGACGACGAUGACGAUGACGAGUAGACUGCAAUGAUGAUGGAGCCUCCCAAGUUUUGAUUUUUGCCAUAUAAUCCUAAUAUACUCGAUUCACCGUUAUGAAACAGAAGUUGAUUGAACAAGAACAUGUGUAUAUUUAAUGUUUUUAUGAUGUACAAGCACCUCCCCUUUACUUUUAUUUUGUAAAGUUAACACUACAUAUCUUAAGUUUGCAAUUUUUUUCUAGUGGUAGUUCUUUA